AUGCCUCACACCUUUUGUGCCAAAUCCUGGACUACUGGAAGGCAGAGCUCAUCUAAUCCAGCCAUGGACAAGCUCAGUGGGACCAAGGCCCGGUUGGGGCCACCUCUUCCACCCCCCAGAUGCGUGGAUGCCUCAGCUUGGAGAGAGGAUGCCCUCAGCUCAUCUCCUCUGUCUACUCCAGAGACCUGGAGACACAGGGCCCAAGAGGAGGAGGAAGAGGAUAAGUAUGAGCUGCCCCCCUGUGAGGCUGUGCCCCUCAAUCUGGCCCCUGCACACCUUGCGGGUGCUGAGGAGGAGUCCUUGUACCUGGAUUGCUCUGGCCCCUUCGGACCACCCAAGCCACCACCCACCAUGGGGAGAGACCUUCCCCCAAGUCACUCCUUCUCCAUUCACCCCACACCAGGCAACCAUUUUCCGCUGAAGGCAGCAAUGAACCCGCAGUUGACCACAAAGCCAGGACCUGCCUUUGGGAGUCGAGGGCGAGAGGUGAUAUCCAGAGUGGUGGCAACAGGCCCUGCAAAGGAUCAGGAUGAGGAUGUCUACCUGAAGUGUGAGCCUGAUCCAGUCCCAUCCUUAACUAGGUCUCUGAGCUCCAAAGCCCUGAUGCCCCCAGUCCCUCUGCCAAGGACACCUGUGAUUCCUAGGCCCAACAUAGUACCCCAGGAUGCCUGGAGUGGAGCAGCAGAUGUCACCUCUAAAGUGGGAAGGAAAGCCCCUCUUCCCUCCACAGCCCACCCUGGGAGCAGUUCAGCUGCCAAGGACAGUAGCCUGCUGGCCCAGCCUUGGUACUCAGGGAACUGUGACCGCCAUGCUGUAGAGAGAGCCUUGCUCUGCUUCCAAAAGGAUGGGGCCUACACAGUGCGCCCCAGCUCAGGGCCUCACACUUCCCAGCCCUUUACCCUGGCAGUGCUUCUCCAAGGCCGGGUCUUCAACAUUCCCAUCCGGCAGCUGGAUGGUGGGCGCCACUAUGCCCUGGGCCGGGAGGGCAGGAACCAUGAGGAGGUCUUCUCUUCCGUGACCACCAUGGUUCAGCACUAUUCGAAGCAUCCCCUGCCCCUGGUGGACAGACACAGUGGCAACCGGGAACUUGCCUUCCUGCUCUUCCCCCUCAAGCCUUAA